CGAUGGCUUAUCCAACAUCCGUCGCGUAAGGCUAUUGAGAGAGUAAUGGAGCUUACUCUGCCGACAAUCGCAUUAUUAAUGGGAGGUCCAAAGUCCAAAUCUUUACUUUUUUUAUCUAUCGCAUCCACCAAAUUGAUUCAUUGACAUCCAGCGACGCAGAGAUCGCCGGAAAGCAGAUCCGCCCGAGAAGAAAGCAUGGUGAAGAAAGCCGUGCUGAUCGGAUGCAACUAUCCGGGGACAAAGGCAGAGCUUAAGGGGUGCGUGAACGACGUGCUAAGAAUGCAUCGCUGCCUUCUCGAUCGCUUCGGUUUCGACGAAAGAGACAUCGAAGUCCUUAUCGACACCGAUAAAUCGUUCACCCAGCCUACCGGCGCCAACAUACGCGCGGCCAUCUCCCGCCUCAUACGGUCCGCCAGGCCCGGCGAUUACCUCUUCGUCCACUACAGUGGCCACGGCACCCGUGUCCCGGCGGAGACCAGCGAGCACGAUGACACCGGGUAUGAUGAGUGCAUCGUCCCUUGCGACAUGAAUCUCAUCACAGACGAUGAUUUUAGGGAGCUUGUAGAUGAUCUCCCAGGCGGCUGUCGGCUUACUAUUGUCUCCGACUCUUGUCACAGUGGUGGCCUGAUUGAGAGCGCCAAGGAGCAAAUAGGCGAGAGCACCAAACUCAAUGAAGAUGAAGAAGAGACCAGCUCUGAGUUCAGCUUCUCAUCUUUCUUGAAGCACAGCGUUCACAGUGCUCUGGAAUCCCGUGGCAUUGACUUACCUUUCGACCGACAUAGCCACCAUCGGCGGAACCCUAAUUCUGAUGAGGAAGAAGCCGUGCAAGCUGGAUUUCAUGGCCACCACAUCAAGAGCCGAUCCCUGCCCCUCUCCACUCUAAUUGAAAUCCUAAAGCAGAAGACUGGCAAGGAAGACAUUGAUGUGGGAAACAUCAGGCCGACUCUCUUUGACACUUUUGGCGAGGAUGCGAGCCCCAAGGUGAAGAAAUUCAUGAAUGUCCUUCUGCAAAAGUUCGGGAGUGGCAAUGAGGGUGGAUUCAUGGGCGUAGUGGGGGGCCUUGCAGUAAGCUUUCUCAAGCAGAAGCUGGAGGAGAACGACGAUAACUAUGCCAAGCCGGCAUUGGAAACCAGAGUCGAUAGCAAAGAGGAAGUCUAUGCGGGAACAAAGAAGAGGGCGCUUCCUCAGAAUGGGAUUCUGAUCAGUGGCUGCCAAUCUGAUCAGACCUCUGCUGAUGCUAAUCCUACAGGGAACCCUGAAGGAGCCUAUGGAGCUCUCAGCAAUGCAAUUCAGACCAUUCUUGCAGAGUCCGACGGCGAAAUCGGCAACCGGAGGCUCGUUCUAACGGCUCGGAAGGUGCUGGCAAAGCAAGGAUUCAAGCAGCGACCUGGACUUUACUGCACUGAUGAUUUUGUUGAUGAACGAUUUGUCUGCUGAUAAAAGAGUGAGUUUGACGAAAUCUGUCUUUGACAAUAAUAAGUGUGGCUGUGUUUUGAGUGUU